CGUGUCUCAGUAAUCUUCGGUUUCUUUGACCACGGGACUGAAAAAAAGAGUGUCGUUCGUUCGAUCAACCACCGUUUUCUUCCUCUCCUUCUCUCAUCCCCGGCGCACCAUCGUCCUCUUUCCGUCCAACUGAUUCUUCUCCACCGUGCGGCUUCCCGCUGCUGGUCCAUCGCAGCUUCAUCCCUCCCGCCAACAAUUAUCGCAGUCCUCUUCGAUCUAUCCAUUUUCCCGUUUCUUCAAUCUCCUCCCCCUUAACUCUGACUGUAAGCUGGUGGCUUCUCGCUCUCUCCCGCGCCGCGUUACAUCGUCGACUCCCUUUUCCAGUCGGACACGCGAGAAUCUCGUCCUUUCUUCCCACUUCAUCACGUUCACUCGUCCUGCUCCGCACAUACGCGAACCCACACCGACUCAUUUGCUCGUGUUCUCUUGCUCCACUCGUCGUGUGUUCCUUCGCUACCUGAACUGCCGGGCUACGCGCCAUCCGCACCCGAUCCACCAGCCGAGCAGCCCAGUGAGGCCUCGUGGUCUCUCUUGGCCUCUCCACUCACGCGGGAGACCAGCCACUCUUCGGAUUCACGCCGGAUUCGUUCCUCGACGUUCGCCCGGUUACGGUCUCAUCUCUUCUCUUCUCCCCUGCACCUUCGACGAUCUGACAGUCUCGAAAACAGUCGCGCGUGUUCGAAACUCCGAUCGGGAGGAGCCCUUCGGAGGAUUUUUUCUCUUUUUCCAUUCCAACUCGCUCCCCCCUCGAAUUUAAGGGUGAAUUUUUCAUUUUCACGAGUUCUACGAGUCCGAUUACUCAACGCGAAGUGACUAGUGCCGAGGAACAAUCGACGAUUUCGAUGGCGGCUCGAGCCCAAUAAUUAUGUCAUUGGGCAUUCUCAGUGUGUAUUUUUAUUGGCUACCGGAAACUCUAAUUCGCCGAGUCGUAGUCACCCUGGAAUCCUUCGUACCCGGCAGAAGCUUCGACCUGGAAGUUGACCAGCGAUUCCGAAAUUGACUUUAGUGCACAACUACAAAUAUUCCAUCCCGUUGGUCCGGCGUUGUUUACGGAUUCCAAAGCAACGGGAAGCAAGAGACACACCGAUUUCGCUGUCAAGUCGUACCGACUAAUUCUCGAGCUGGAGCUCCGGGCGCAACGUACCCUGGGACUCCGACGACGAUCAUCCAAAACGUAUUCAACAGUGCUUCCCAAGAUCUCGGUGAAAUUCUUAAGAUGCCACACACAGGCCAAGCCGGUGUCAACCAAUUGGGUGGUGUUUUCGUCAAUGGAAGACCUUUGCCCGAUUGCGUACGUCAAAGGAUCGUUCAACUCGCCCUCGUCGGCGUAAGACCAUGCGACAUUUCUCGCCAGUUGCUCGUCUCCCAUGGAUGCGUGUCGAAAAUACUCACGAGAUUCUACGAAACUGGGAGCAUCCGACCUGGCAGCAUCGGGGGCAGCAAAACUAAGAGAAUUUCGCCAUUGCAGCAAGUAGCAACGCCGACAGUGGUGAAGAAGAUACUCCGUAUGAAGCAGGAACAGCCGACGAUGUUCGCUUGGGAGAUAAGAGAACAAUUGGCGCGACAAGGGGCCUGCGAUCCCCAAAGCUUGCCCUCGGUCUCCUCGGUCAAUCGUAUAUUGCGAGGGAACGGUUUGCACACGGAGCAUCCGCCGAUGGAGGGUGGUUCGACGAGUUCGUCUUAUCAAUCUCACGUGCCCACGAAUUCAGAAACGAGAGAAGCCCUGAUGAGAACGGACUAUCAGCUAUUUUAUCCAGGAUCUUUGGGUCCGCUGCACAUAUCGACGGGUUCGGGAGGUUCGGGGGCAACAACGUGGAAUCCAAGCGGUUUCUACUCGUCCCUUUAUCAGGCGACCACCUUGCACUUGCACCACGGAAUGCAGGCAUUCACGUCACUGGACGCGGAACGUUUGUCCGAGCAGCAACAAGGAGGCCAAGGUCAAGUCGAGUUGAAAUCGAGUUCGAGCUCGAUGGCAGGGAGCGACGAUUCGUUGGACAAAAGUGACCUGGACGAGAACAACGAAUCGCAGGACAAUUACAAAUCGUUCCAGAGUUCCCCGAUAAUACUGGAGCUGGGACAAAAAAUCGGAAGCGAUCGAAGUGCCUUCGUGAGGCACGGGACGCCCGUAACGAACGGUCAUUUUGAAAAUUCUCGAGAAAGCCCGAGUUCGACGAUCGUCGAAGAUUCCACGAGCUCAGGUACGAACUCGAGAAUUUCGGACACCACGAACGAGCGCAAGACGAUCGAUCGAGGAAGCCUCGAAAAUCGACAGCCUCAACAACCACUGAGAAAAAAAAAUCCUUAUUCGAUCGAAGAACUUCUGAAAAAGGACGAGAGCAAAACAACGAUAAAAAGACCGAGACUCGUGAACACAGGAAUCGUUCAACCCUGCGGUAUCGUCGUUGGCAAAGAAUUGUUAUAAAAUAAUUCACAUGGAAUCGAUUAUUCGAUCGAUUAGAAUUUUAAUCAAGUAUAUUUAUCGCCUAGGUCAGAUGUAAAUUCAAAUGAAAAAUCAAGUAGUUAUUAAGAGUUAAUAUUAAACUAGAUUUCCCUUUAUUUAUUACAUUAUCAUUAAAACUAUUAUUGUUUCAAGUAUUUCAACGUAAAAUUCAUUUUUACCCGAGUGAUUUCUCAACUGCAAAGUACUCGUUAGCGAUCUCAUCGACACCCUGAAUUCUCUUAGCAACUUGCAGCUUCUUAUCCCUUCGUAAUUACACUCUUGAACGAUGGGAAUGAUCGAAAUGAAGGAAUAAUAACUCGAAUCGUUGUAAAAGACACUUUCAACGGAAUCUCCGCAAGUCACAAGCUGUUAAACCAUAAAGACUCUUCACAUGAAUGUUUUCACAUAUGGCACAGACCAUCGACCAUUCCAGGACUGUUAGCACACAGGACAUAUUUAUAUAUAAAUAUGUUAUCUUGUAUGCAUUGAGAAAAAUAACCACAGUCUCGUAUAAACGUCUUUACAGCCUCAUUAUACACUGAAAGAAAAAUAUUUGAAUAAUUAGCGUGAGAAGGAACGAAAAUAAAAGAUAAAAGUCUUAAGUUUAUAAAUAAAUUUUCACUCUCAUUACAACCGUAUGAAUAUCAUUUUUCAUUUUCAUAUUACAGCACAUUUUUCCGGUUGGCAAAUAUUUGUUUCCAACAAAUGAGUUCAAUUUGUUACUAACUUUUGAAAGAGUUUAACCAAAAAAUAUUUUCUUCUAUAACAAAAGUCUGGAUUCUUCGUUAUUUUGAUGGAACGCUUGAAUUUUUCCACUAAAAUAAUCGAAACGUAAGAACUGAUUUUGAGUCAAAAAUUGUGUACGAGGGAAUGGGAAAAUGGUGGAAAGCUUUUUAUGGAAAAGUGUCGUGAAACAAAGUUUUUAUCUCAAUUUUUUUUUAAUUCCCCAUUGUCCAAUGAAUUUUGAUUUUUAUUUUCAGGAAUUCUUUGUUGAUACUUUCAGUGCAUACGUUUUUAGUAUGCUUUCAUUUUUGAAGGGUUUUUCACUCGAGUUUCGUGGCGAACAAAUACUCAAUGAAUCGCAACUUUCGACGCUUUAUCUCAUCAUUACAUUUCGUUGACAUAUUUUAGUGAUAAAAAGUCGUUAGAACGUAAUGAGUGUGUCUGUAGCGAUUGAUAUACGUGUAUUGAAAGAAAAUCUUGCAAAAAAUCGGUCGUGAUAGAUCGUCCGCUUUUAUUUCGAUCUCGCCUGACUCUGAGGCUUUUUGGGCAGUAUAUAAAGAAAAAUAAAUGCCUCUUAGGUUGGUGUACAAAAAGGAUAAGAGUUUAUAGUUCCAUAGCGACUAAAUUGGCUCAUUUUUAAAUCAUUAUUUCUUCGGUUAGUAACGUAAUAAGUAAAUAUUAAUAUUUAUUGUAGGAUAUUAAGAAAUCAGAUGUAAUAAUAUUACGAUGAUUAUAAUCUUCGGUUAUUUCUUGUACCAUAUGUGUAAUAAACUUCGGAUUGUUUGGAAACUAAAAAUAAUUGUGCAAAUAAAAAAAUUGACAAAGUAAGGGCGAAGGAUAAACGUUGGACAAUAUCCCGAUGGUUGUUCAUCGAAUAUUCUACAUUUCAAGUACGUGACCAACGUAAAAUGACAAAAAACUACCACCAAACUGAACACAUCGGUUGAGAAUUCAACAAAAAAUCAUUCGAACGGGGGAAAUAGUUGAAUUUUUGUCACGACGAUUAAUCGUUGAGGAUUUCUGGUACCUUUUCGCACGCCGAAUUAUUUUCGAAUUAUAAAUAAUUGUUGAAAGAUAUGUGAAGAUAGGAAAGAAAUAGAUUUAGAUGAGAGGGAUAGAAAGUGAAUUUCGUUUGACGUUCCAUUAGCUUGAUAUACGAUUGUACGAAAUAGAAUAAUUGUAAUGGAAAAAAUUUGUCCUGUAUCAUAUCGGUAAAUACACUAGUCAAAAUGGA